UCACACCAAGUUUGGCUCCCGAGCUGCGGAGGGAGGGGGCGGCCCGGACCGGCCCAGCUCUGCCCCCAGCGGCCCGACCCCGGCCCCGGCCCCCAGACCAGCCCUUAUCUGAUCCGGGCUCCGGUUAAGAGUCCGGCCCUGCCGUCGCGCGGCUCCGUCCUCACUCCCGCCCGCCCGCCCCGUCUGUCCGUCUGUCCGUCCGUCCUGCUGCGCAUCUGAAGGAUCACUCAGCACGGACCCAAGAUGACAUCAGUUGCCAAGGUAUAUUACAGUCAGACCACGCAGACAGAGAGCCGGCCCCUCAUGGGCCCAGGGAUACGACGGCGAAGAGUGCUGACAAAAGAUGGCCGCAGCAACGUGAGGAUGGAGCACAUUGCUGACAAGCGCUUCCUCUACCUCAAGGACCUGUGGACCACCUUCAUCGACAUGCAGUGGCGUUACAAGCUUCUGCUCUUCUCUGCGACUUUUGCGGGCACCUGGUUCCUCUUUGGCGUGGUGUGGUAUCUGGUCGCUGUGGCCCACGGGGACCUGCUGGAGCUGGGCCCCCCGGCUAACCACACCCCCUGUGUGGUACAGGUGCACACACUCACAGGGGCCUUCCUCUUCUCCCUGGAGUCCCAGACCACCAUAGGCUAUGGCUUCCGCUACAUCAGUGAGGAGUGCCCGCUGGCCAUCGUCCUUCUGAUUGCCCAGCUAGUGCUCACUACCAUCCUGGAAAUCUUCAUCACAGGCACCUUCCUGGCGAAGAUUGCUCGGCCCAAGAAGCGGGCCGAGACCAUCCGUUUCAGCCAGCAUGCGGUUGUAGCUGCCCACAACGGGAAGCCUUGCCUGAUGAUUCGAGUUGCCAACAUGAGGAAGAGCCUUCUCAUUGGCUGCCAGGUGACAGGCAAACUGCUUCAGACCCACCAGACCAAGGAGGGUGAGAACAUCCGGCUGAACCAGGUCAACGUGACUUUCCAAGUUGACACGGCCUCGGACAGCCCCUUCCUCAUCCUGCCCCUUACCUUCUACCACGUGGUAGACGAGACCAGUCCCUUAAAAGACCUCCCCCUGCGCAGCGGGGAGGGCGACUUCGAGCUGGUGCUGAUCCUGAGUGGGACGGUGGAAUCCACCAGUGCCACCUGCCAAGUGCGUACUUCCUACCUGCCCGAGGAGAUCCUGUGGGGCUAUGAGUUCACACCUGCCAUCUCGCUGUCAGCCAGUGGCAAAUACAUAGCUGACUUCAGCCUUUUUGACCAAGUUGUGAAAGUGGCCCCUCCUAGUGGCCUGCGAGACAGCACUGUGUGCUAUGGAGACCCCGAGAAGCUCAAGCUGGAGGAGUCCUUCAGGGAACAAGCCGAGAAGGAGGGCAGUGCCCUUAGUGUGCGCAUCAGCAACGUCUGA